AUGCCCGUACCCACGAUAUUCUACCUCUUCGAACAUGGCCCGCCGCAAUGGCUUCGAGACCGGGCCGUGCCCAUCACCAUCGCCAUCGCCGUGCUGACUCUGCUUUACCUCGUCAAACGCUACACCUCCGGCGCCACCUACGAAACCAACAAGCCGAUGCACGGCAAGGUCGUCAUGAUGACGGGCGCGACAUCGGGCGUCGGCGCCGAGGUAGCCUUUGACCUCGCGCAGCGCGGCGCCCAGCUCGUCCUGCUCACGCACGCGCCCACGUCCGACCCCUUCCUCGCCGACUACGUCCAGGAGCUUCGCGACCGCACCUCGAACCAGCUCAUUUACGCCGAGCACGUCGACCUUGCGAGCCUCCACAGCGUCCGCAAGUUUGCCACCGCGUGGAUUGACAACGCGCCCCCGCGGCGCCUCGACAUGGUCAUCCUGUGCGCCUCGACUAUGACGCCGCCCGGUGGCGCCCGGCGCGAGGUCCCCGGCGGCGGCGUCGAGGAGACGUGGAUGGUCAACUACCUGGCCAACUUCCACCUGUUGGGGAUACUUAGCCCCGCAAUCCGCGCGCAGCCGUUCGACCGCGAGGUCCGCGUCGUCAUCGCCACCUGCUCGUCGUACAUUGGCGCGCCGUCGUUGCGCGGCGAGAUGACGGCCGAGACGUGGACGCCGUCGCGCGCCUACGGGCGCAGCAAGCUCGCGCUCACCGUCUUCGGCCUCGCGUACCAGAAGCACCUCGACGCCUACAAGCGCCCGGACGAGAUGCCCAUGACGGCGCGCGUCGUCUUCGCCGAUCCGGGCCUGUGCCGCACGCCCGGCACGCUGCGGUGGCUGAGCCGCGGGACCAUCACCGGGCUGGCGCUCUACGCGCUGGGGUACCUUGUCCCGUGGCUGCUGCUCAAGUCGGCGCGGGGCGGCGCUCAGUCGAUCCUCUACGCGGCGAUGGAGUCGGGCCUGACGCGCAAGACGGGCGGCCGCCUGAUCAAGGAGUGCCACGAGGUGGACUUUGCGCGCGCCGAGGUCCGGGACGAGGAGGUGGCCAAGAAGCUGUGGGAGGAGAGCGACGCGCUGGUGGAGAGGACGGAGAAGAGGCACGCGAAGCUGCGGGCGCAGGAGAAGGCGGGCGAGGUGAGGAAGGAGGACAAGAAGAAGGAGGACGAGCAGGUCAAGGAGAUUGAGAGCCUCAUGGCGGCUGUAAAGAAGGGUAAGCAACAACAACAGCAAAAGGAAAAUGAAAAGGGCAAGGGAACGGGAACGGGAACGGGAACGGGAAAGGGAACGGGAAGGGAAGGAGAAAAGGACAAGGAAAAGAAGGGUGGCAAGGCAAGGAAACGGGUCAAAUAG